UCACGACGUGUCGCGAUAUCGGCCCCGACAGAGCCCGAGAGAGGGAAAAUGGACCCGAGGGGAUGGAACCGGACGGAGUCAUCGAGAGCAACUGGCACGAGGUGGUGGAUUCGUUUGACGAGAUGAACCUGUCGGAGCCGCUGCUCAGGGGCAUCUACGCCUACGGCUUCGAGAAACCCUCGGCCAUCCAGCAGAGAGCCAUCCUGCCCUGCAUCAAAGGUUAUGACGUCAUCGCGCAGGCUCAGUCGGGCACGGGGAAAACGGCCACUUUCGCCAUCUCCAUCCUGCAGCAGGUCGAGCUCGACCUCAAGGCCACCCAGGCCCUCGUGCUGGCCCCCACCAGAGAGCUGGCGCAGCAGAUCCAGAAGGUGGUGAUGGCGCUGGGGGAUUACAUGGGGGCCUCGUGCCACGCCUGCAUCGGGGGCACCAACGUCCGGGCCGAGGUGCAGAAGCUGCAGUUGGAGGCUCCUCACGUCGUCGUCGGGACCCCCGGGAGGGUCUUCGACAUGUUGAACCGCAGAUACCUCUGUGAGUGACCCCAAAACGGCCCGUUUCACCCCAAAAUCGGCUCGGGGACCCCGAAA